UUCCAUCGCUCCGUUCCCUCUCUAGCCUCUGAAACUCAGAUACUCUUCGAAUGGGGUUAUCAGUAUCGAAGAGAGUGGAGAAAUCCCUUCAAGACUCGCCGGAAUUCGACGCUGCCUGCAACUCAGUCUUCGAAGAAUGUCUCGAAAUGGCUCAACACAUCGAUGCCGGCGUUCGGCUCUACCAGCUAGCAGGCGCUUCGGAACGUCUCCAUCAGAGGCUCUAUUCUUCGUCGCUUCAACACCGUCAUCUCCUCAAGAAGUGGCUCCAAUCGCCUCCGAAUCGGACCCAGAUAGACAAGGCGAUCAAGGUCGUUAUCGAACGGUUCAAGAUUCCAUCCGAUGGAGGUGAAACUCUAAAUCUGUUGGAGUUCAAGGCCUUUGCCGUGGAACUCUUCACAGAUGCCAUCGUAUCCAACGCUGGUAAAGUGGUUCUCCGAAAAAUCCCAAUUGGACUCGCUGGAAUUAUCGGAAUCGGUGCCGCGACUCGGUCGGGAAGAGAUUUGGUGGGGAUUGUGAUGGGGAUUUACUCGCUUGGCGUUGCCACAGCUGUCUAUGUCAGUCUUUCUGGUCUAUGCAGUUAAAGCAUCGGCACCAUACACUAUCCUACCGUAUUACUAGAGAAAUAACAGCAGCAUUCAAAAAAAGAUUUAUGUUACCUGAACUGAGGUUUUCUCCCUCCUUUUGUUUAUUUUGCUUCAAAGGGUCCAUAUUGGAAAUGCUGUAUGCUACAGGUGUAAAUUUGGUAAUGUCGGCCUGAACCAGCUUGGCCUGCACUUGAGACCAAACAUGGCCUAUGCUAAGAUUUUUGGCAUUAUUUAAGUGGAAUGUUUCUGGUCUUGUCUCUAAGAAAGCUAGAAGUUAAACCCAUCCCAAUUGACAACCCUAACAUGAAUCAAAAAUUUCAAGGUUGUGUUUGGUAUGCAUUCUCGGAAUAGAUCGUUACCUAAAAUGCAUUAUUAGUGAGCAAAAAUAGUAUUGACUCGCUUCAAAAUGUGUUCAAGACCCAACAUCUAUUUCAAGAAUGCAUAUCAAACUCAAACUUUGUCAUAUGCUUAAAAGCUCAAUCAAAGUUUAGCUUAAACCAGCUUGUUUGAAGGGCGUCCCAAGGGCUGACAAUAUCAGGCAUGUUGCUUAUGAUAAUAUAUUAGGCAUGUCUUUCCUUAAAACAAACACUAUUCCUAUAACAUUCAAUUGCAACUUAACUAAGCAUGCUUCAAUUCUUAGUUUUUCAACUUUAGAGAGUUGAUUAUGUAUGAGUAACAUGCAAUCAUCUCAGUUUUGAAAUUAAAAAAUAAGAGCACACAGUUUUAACCCAUGCACAUUCAAAUAUUCAAUCAACAUGAUAUAGACAUUUCUCUCAAGAGUUGUAGAUGCUUAAGAACAUAGUUAAGCAUCAAAUGCCUGAAAGGUUGCCAAGAUACAGGAUAAGAGCAUUUCUAACAGAUUGCUAUCAUACUAUUUGAACCUUUGGAGUUCCAGAUAUGAGAUAAGACCACACCUUCGCUUGAAGCAGGCCCUUUACAAUGACCAAGAGGCAUUAAAAGGGAAUUUAGCCUCAAAAGAUUGAAAUUAUAAAGUCUUCAUUUUAUUUUAGAUCCUUUGGAUCCAGGGAGAGUGUCCCUCUG